GGAAUGGAUAACCAACUCCGCUUUGCUUUUGGGGUAAGCGGCGUGGGACAGGGGAUCACCACCAAGGCUUAUCUAUCUUGCUCUUGCUUAAAGUGCCUGCCUUCCCUCUUUCUUGAAGUGGGGAGUAAGUUUGAGGAUGGGAAGGGUGAGAAACGGAAACGGAUAGGGUUUUUUUCCCGGUUUUUUCGUGAAUACACUAUUUCUGGUUGGGAAAAGUGGGAUUUUGCUUCUGUUCUUUAUCUUGCACUCGUGUCUUGCUCCGUUGUACAUUUUGUGUCGUGGUUGGUAAGAGGCUGGUUGCGACGAAACAACGACGAGCCUUUUGAACAUAUGCAUAGUUGUAUAUAAGGGUAACAAACCAUAUCGUCGCCAUGUACAUCUCCAUCCUCCCCCUGGCCCUCAGCCUAGCCAGCACCUUCACCCUCACAUCCGGCCUUCCGGCCCCAUUUCGCUACUCCCCAGAACAAGAACAAUGCGUCCUCAACCUUGACCCUUCAACCGCGCCAAAUGGCACCCGCGGGGCCGUCGCCUCCGAAUCCAAACUCUGCUCCCAAAUCGGCAUCGACAUGAUCUCCAAAGGCGGGACGGCAGCCGACGCCCUCGUAGCAGCAACCCUCUGCGUGGGGGUAAUAGGAAUGUACCACUCGGGCAUCGGCGGCGGCGGCUUCAUGCUCGUCCGCGACGAGCUUGGCCGCCAUGAGGUCAUCGACUACCGGGAGACUGCCCCUUCUUCUGCGCACAAAGACAUGUACAAACAUGAUCGAAACGCCUCAGUGAUUGGGGGGUUGGCGGUGGGGGUGCCGGGGGAGAUUAGAGGGCUGGGGUAUCUGCAGGAAAAGUAUGGGAGGUUGGGGUGGAAGGAGGUGGUGAUGCCUGCUGUCGAGGUUGCGAGGGAGGGGUUUACGGUUGGCGAGGAUUUGGUCAAGUACAUGAAGGCUGCGAGUGCCAAUGAUGACUUUUUGGUGAGCGAUCCGGUUUGGGCGCAGGAUUUUGCGCCGAAUGGGACGUUGUUGGGAUUGGGGGAUAGGAUUACGAGGAAGAGGUUGGCGAGUACGCUUGAGAAAAUUGCCAAUGAAGGACCUGAGGCGUUCUACGAAGGAGAAAUCGCCAACUCGAUUAUCAAGACUGUUCAGGAGAAUAACGGGACGAUGACGCAUGACGAUUUGAGAGAGUAUACCAUCCGCAUGAAGCAGCCCCUCAGCAUUGAUUACCGCGGCUUCAAGCUUUACACGACGGUUGCACCCAGCAGCGGCGCAGUCACGCUCAACAUCCUCAAGGUCAUGGAGCAGUUCCCCCCUGAGGACUUGGCAGACAAGAGCUUGACUGCCCACAGGCUUACCGAGGCGAUGAAGUUUGCUUAUGGAGCACGUCAAGAACUUGGUGACCCUGAUUUCAUCAGAGGGUUGACAGCGUUCCAAAAGACCAUGUUGAGCGAGGAGAAGGCCCAACAAAUCCGCAAGAUGAUCAUGGAUAACCAGACCCAGGCUCUGGACGUGUACAACCCACAAUCGGUGUACGCUGCUGAAAGCUCGGGAACCUCUCACCUUGUUGCGUCUGACGAGACAGGCAUGACAGUUACCUCCACCACGACAAUCAACCUGCUUUUUGGGGCAAAAAUCAUGACCGACACUGGCAUCAUCCUCAACAACGAAAUGGACGACUUUUCCCAACCCGGCCGCCCCAACUCCUUCGGCUUCGAGCCCUCGCCCAACAACUUCAUCGCCCCUUACAAGCGCCCCCUGUCCUCCAUCACCCCCCUUAUUGUCGAACACGCCAGCAACGGCUCCCUUUUCUUUGCCACAGGAGCAGCCGGCGGAUCGAGGAUUAUCUCUUCUACGAUGCAAGUUGCCUUUGGGAUCAUGUCCGCCAUUGAUCAGGGACGUAGUGCCGUUGGGGAGAUGUACGAGGCCAUCAAAACCCCGAGGUUACACCACCAGCUCAUGCCUAAUGUUUUGAAUGUUGAGACGGGGUAUGACGAGAGUGUUUUUGUUGGGUUGGGGAGCAAGCAGCAUAAUGUUUCUUGGAUGGCUCCGGGACAGAGCUCAGCGCAAGGGUUGCUGAGGUUGUAUAACGGGACUUUUGAGGCGGUUGGGGAGACGAGGCAGUUGAACUCGGGUGGUUUGACUCUUUAACUCUCUUAUUUUCAGGAUACAUAAUAACGCUCACAUACAAUCAUUACCCACAGCCAGCCCUUCCCCAUUGCCCUGUCUACUUGCUAGUAUCAACCACAUACCUCCCCACAAUCUUGCCCUCCUCCAUCAUCUGGUACACCUCGCCCAGCUGGCUCAAUCCAACAGUCUUAUACGGCACCUUGAUCAAACCCCUCUGGAAGAAGUCCAACGCCUCAGCCGUAUCCUGCCUGUUGCCCACGUAGCUCCCCUUGAUAGUAAUCAUCCUAAGCACGGUAUCAAACACGGGCGCCUUGAGAUACGCCCCCGCAGGCAACCCAAUGCAAACAACUGCCCCCCUACUCCUGACAUACUCGGUCGCCUGCUGGAACGGCUUCUCCGACACAGCCAACAGCAACACAGCAUGCGGCCCCAACCCAUCCGGCGUCGCAGCCUUGACCUCCUCAACCAAAUCCUUGGACGCCAUAAAAUCAACGUAGGCACUCCCCCCCAGUUUCUUGACACUCUCCCCCUUUUCACUCCCGCCAUCAAUCCCAAUAACAUGCACUCCCAUAGCCUUGGCGUAUUGCACCGCCAUACUCCCCAACCCGCCACCCGCUCCAACAACAGCAACCCACUGGCCUGGUCUCACUCCUGAUUCCUUUAAUCCCUUGUAUACCGUAAUCCCGGCGCAGAGCACAGGAGCCACCUCCUCAAGAUCAACACCCUCAGGAAUCCGCGCGAUGUGCGCAGCCUUGGCGAUGGCAUACUGCUGGAACGACCCGUCGACCGUGUACCCCGACAAGAGGGCAGACUGGCAGAGGGGCUCGUCGGAUUGUUGGCAAAAGGAGCAGGAGAGGCACGAGCCGUUGAGCCAUUUGAUGCCUGCUGCGUCGCCUAGCUUGAUGUCGUCGGCGACUAGGGAGCCUUUUUUCACGACGAUGCCGGCGCCUUCAUGGCCGCCG